AUGACCUCUUCCACUGAUGACUGUGCAUCAGCAGAGCGCGACACGAAGAGCCUGCUCCUUACGACUUUCUCGCCCGAAGAUGAAGACGAAGAUUUUGUCACUUCCGACGAUGCUAGCGAUGGAGAAGGGGAUCACGAUGACAGUGAAGCAGACAUGAUAGAGGAGCCCGACGAAUUGGACGCCGAUAUUAUGGAGCUUGCUACCGAAAUCCAACAGCCUCUCACUGAUCAACAAUACGAAGCAGCUGGCAUCGAGAACCCGAGCACGACUCUCUUAAACCUGGAGGAUGAGUCAGAAGAUGGGUCAGAAGAUGGGGACUACGAUUCAGAGUUUGAAGAAGAGCUCCCAGAUGAGGAGAUGCUUGAUGCUGACGAGGAAAUGGUCAUGAAUGAUGAGCGAUUUGACGAAAAUGCACGCAAUGCAGCAAGAAGACAAGAAAGGAUUUGCAGGGCACUAGAAACACUGGCCGAGGAGGCAGAAAGAUUGAGGGAGCAAGGCAUGGAGUUUGUUGAAGAGGAGCAUGACUUCAGCUCAGCAGCGUACCAGAAUGAUGCUGUCGAGUGGGAAUACAUUCCAUGCAAGAGGGGAACAUUUGACGGUGAUGGCAAUGAGCUCACUGCGGAGCAGAUGGAAGAGAGUUUCGACCCCUCUGGCAUGGACUACUGCGCUUGCCGCUUUUGCCGCGAGACACAGAAAUCCGAGCGCAACGAGAGAUACGAGCGACGCUGUGCGCAGAAGGAGGCGCCUGAGAAUCUCGACCUCUAG